GGACAGGUUGGGAUAUUUCUCCCCCAGAGGGUUAUUAGGAGAGGAAAGACUGAGCCGGACGAUCCGUGCACAAUGACUUCCCGGGGUCUCCGUUGUUUUGCAGAUACAGAUCCGUUCCCGGAUUUAGCUUCAAAAACUACAUAAACAAAACCUGAACGUGGAGUCAGAUGGCACCAUGUGAUCAAACACAGCCAAUCAGGAGGAGGGUAACACUAUUGGCUGGAGCUCCUGUCAGUCAUCCCCCUGACCCGGAAGUAGUUACCGAGGUUCGUGAGCUCUACAUGCUGAAGAGGUGAUGUGGAUACUUGGCAAUGGCGGUACACUGCAGAACCCAGACACUACAGGUGUUGGACACGGAGUACAGUGCGGAUGCUGUGGAGUGGUGCCCGCUGGAUGACUGGGGGACGGUGCUGGCGUGUGGGACGUAUCAGCUGAAGAAGCCGGAUAGUGAGGUCAGCGGAGAGGUCAGCGAUGACCCCCACUUGCGGCUCGGACGCCUCUACCUCUAUCACUACAACCCCCAUCAGUUAUUCUCACCCGUGUCCGAGGUUCAGAAGAUUGAAACAGCUGCAAUAUUGGACAUGAAAUGGUGCCAAAUGCCGCUCUCGGAGACCCCCGUACUGGGAGUUGCUGAUGCUAAGGGCGCCCUGGAGCUGUAUAGAUUACAGGGCAACAGGGAGAGCUCCCGGGUGCAGCCGGCAUGUAGCGUGGAUUUGGGGGACGGUUGUCUGGCUUUAUCCCUCGACUGGUCGACCGGGAGAAGAGACAGCACUUCUCCGGUGAGGAUCGUCUGCAGCGACUCUCUGGGCCGGCUCAGUCUGGUGCAGGUGGAGGAGUCCGCGCCGUCCCUGGACAUCGUGUCUCAGUGGAAGGGCCACGGCUUCGAGGCCUGGAUCGCCGCCUUCAACUACUGGAGCUGUGACACCAUCUACUCGGGGGGAGACGACUGUCUGCUGAAAGGAUGGGACACAA